AUGUAUGAACGGCACAAGAGGCGCUACAGCCUGUGUGACAUCUCCAAGGUGGACAGGACUGUGGACGUGGUGCUGCUGAAGAUAAACCGGGAAAGCUGGUGUACAAUACAGCCGUGCCCUGAUGCAGCGUCUCUCUUGGCUCCCACACAGAGCCCAGGAUGUGACAGCUUCCUGGAUGUUGGACUGGCCAGAGAGUGUGCCUCAAAACCAGGUGUGCUCAAACGAGAAUCCGGAAGUGACUCUGACCUCUUUCAGUCACCCAGCGAAGAAGUGGACAGCAUCAUCUUCUCCAAGCCCGAGGAAGAGCAGUUGGUCUGUGAUAUCACCGGAUCCAGUUCUUCCACCGAUGACACGGCUUCCUUGGAUCGACAUUCCUCUCAUGGCAGUGACGUAUCCCUCCCCCAGAUUUCAAAUUUGAACAGGUCCAGAGAUCAGCAGUGUCUUGACAGCUUCUACAGCCAUGGGGCUGGAGCUGAGGGUCGAGAGAGUGAGGGCGAAGCUGCUGGCUCAGGUGAAAUGGACGAGGAGGAGAUGGACAGCAUCACCGAAGUGCCCACGAACCGCUCUGUGCUGAGGGGCUCGAUGCGCUCCCUGUCCCCUUUCCGGAGGCACAGCUGGGGUCCUGGGAAGAACGCGGCCAGCGACGCGGAAAUGAAUCAGCGCAGUUUCAGCCUAGAAGGCUUGACAGGAGGAGCCGGUGUCGGAAACAAGCCGUCCUCAUCUCUAGACGUAAACUCUGCAAACACCAAAGAGCUCAGGCACCCUUUCAGUGGGGAGGCGAGGGGUGACUCUCUGAUGUCGCUUUCAGAAGAGGAUCUGGAAUCAGGCCAGAGAGAACACAGGAUGUUUGAUCAGCAGGCAUGUCCCAGAUCUAAACAACAGGGAUUUAAUUACUGUACAUCAGCCAUUUCUUCUCCAUUGACAAAAUCCAUCUCAUUAAUGACAAUCAGCCAUCCUGGGUUGGACAAUUCACGGCCUUUCCACAGCACCAGUGCUAACCUGACCGAGAGUAUAACAGAAGAGACCUAUAGUUUCCUGCCUCAAAGCCCCUCCAAGAAAGAUUUUGAAGGCAAGAGUGGAACAAAAGUCAGCCGCACGUUCAGCUACAUCAAGAAUAAAAUGUCCAGCAGUAAGAAGAGCAGAGAAAAGGAAAAGGAGAAAGAGAAAAUCAAGGAGAAGGAGAAAGAUUUGAAGGAGAAGGACAAGGACAAGAAGACUGUCAACGGACACGCUUUCAGUUCCAUCCCUGUUGUGGGUCCCGUCAGCUGUAGCCAGUGCGUGAAGCCUUUCACCAGCAAGGACGCCUACACUUGUGCAAGUUGCGGUGCUUUCGUCCACAAAGGCUGCAGAGAGAGUCUGGCCUCCUGUGCAAAGGUCAAGAUGAAGCCCAAGGGGACCCUGCAGGCACAUGACACGUCUUCGCUGCCCACGGUCAUCAUGAGAAGCAAGCCCUCCCAGCCUAAGGAGCGCCCCCGAUCCGCGGUCCUCCUGGUGGAGGAAACCACUGCCGUCCCCAUGUUUGCCAGUAGACGGUCACAGCAGAGUGUCUCACUCUCCAAAAGUGUCUCCAUACAGAACAUUGCUGGAGUCGGCAAUGAUGAGAACAUAUCAAACACCUGGAAGUUCCUGUCUCAUUCGACAGACUCACUAAAUAAAAUCAGCAAGGUCAAUGAGUCGACAGAAUCACUUACUGAUGAGGGAGUAGGUACAGACAUGAAUGAAGGACAGCUGAUGGGGGACUUUGAGAUGGAAUCCAAACAGCUAGAAGCAGAGUCCUGGAGUCGAAUAGUGGACAGCAAGUUUCUGAAACAGCAAAAGAAAGAUGUGGUCAAACGGCAAGAAGUGAUUUACGAGUUGAUGCAGACAGAGCUGCACCACGUCCGGACGCUCAAGAUCAUGAGCGACGUGUACAGCCGGGGGAUGAUGACCGAGCUGCUCUUUGAGCAGCAGAUGGUGGAGAAGCUGUUCCCCUGUUUGGACGAGCUGAUCAGUAUCCAUAGCCAGUUCUUCCAGAGGAUACUGGAGCGGAAGAAGGAAUCUCUGGUGGAUAAAAGUGAGAAGAACUUUCUCAUCAAGAGGAUGGGGGACGUGCUUGUAAAUCAGUUUUCGGGGGAGAACGCGGAGCGCUUGAAGAAGACGUACGGCAAGUUCUGUGGGCAGCACAACCAGUCUGUAAACUACUUUAAAGACCUUUACACCAAGGAUAAGCGGUUUCAGGCCUUUGUGAAGAAGAAGAUGAGCAGCUCCGUCGUGAGGAGGCUGGGAAUCCCAGAGUGCAUACUGCUGGUGACCCAGCGGAUCACCAAAUACCCGGUGUUGUUCCAAAGGAUCCUGCAGUGUACCAAAGACAAUGAGGUGGAGCAGGGAGAUCUCGCUCAGUCCCUCAGCCUGGUGAAGGAUGUGAUUGGAGCCGUAGACAGCAAGGUGGCAAGUUACGAAAAGAAAGUGCGUCUCAAUGAGAUUUAUACGAAGACAGAUAGCAAGUCGAUCAUGAGGAUGAAGAGUGGCCAGAUGUUUGCCAAGGAAGAUUUGAAGCGGAAGAAGCUUGUGCGGGACGGGAGUGUGUUUCUGAAGAACGCGGCAGGAAGGCUGAAAGAGGCUCAAGCAGUUCUCCUUACUGACAUUUUAGUUUUCCUUCAAGAAAAAGACCAGAAAUACGUCUUUGCAUCAUUGGACCAGAAGUCAACAGUGAUCUCUUUGAAGAAGCUGAUUGUGAGAGAGGUAGCGCACGAGGAGAAAGGUCUGUUCCUGAUCAGCAUGGGCAUGAGGGACCCCGAGAUGGUGGAAGUGCACGCCGGCUCCAAAGAGGAGCGGAACAGCUGGAUUCAGAUCAUCCAGGACACGAUCAACACCCUGAACAGAGAUGAAGACGAGGGAAUUCCUAGCGAGAGCGAGGAAGAAAAGCGGGCGCUGGACAGCAGAGCGCGGGAAUUAAAAGAACAACUUCAGCAGAAGGACCAGCAGAUCCUUCUCUUACUGGAAGAGAAGGAGAUGAUCUUUCGGGACAUGACUGAGUGCAGCACUCCCUUGCCUGAGGAGUGCUCCCCGACUCACAGCUCUAGAGUCCUCUUCCGCUCCAACACAGAAGAGGCACUCAAAGGAGGACCUUUAAUGAAAAGUGCAAUAAAUGAGGUGGAGAUCCUUCAGGGUUUGGUGAGUGGAAGCCUGGGAGGCACACUGGGGCAGGCUGUCAGUAGCCCUGUUGAGCAAGAAGGUACGGUUGGCCCUGUUUCCUUGCCCCGGAGAGCAGAGACCUUUGGAGGAUUCGACAGCCAUCAGAUGAAUGCUUCUAAAGGAGGCGAGAAGGAAGAGGGAGAGGAUGGCCAAGAUCUUCGAAGAACAGAGUCGGACAGUGGUCUGAAAAAGGGUGGAAAUGCUAACCUGGUAUUUAUGCUUAAAAGAAACAGUGAGCAGGUUGUCCAGAGUGUCGUUCACCUCCAUGAACUCCUCAGCACGUUGCAGGGCGUGGUGCUGCAGCAGGACAGCUACAUCGAGGACCAGAAGCUGCUGCUGGCCGAGCGCGCGCUCAGCCGCAGCUCGUCGCGCCCCAGCUCCCUGGUGGAGCAGGAGAAGCAGCGCAGCCUGGAGAAGCAGCGCCAGGACCUGGCCAACCUGCAGAGGCAGCAGGCGCAGCACCUGGACGAGAAGCGGCGGCGCGAGCGCGAGUGGGAGGCCCGCGAGCGGGCGCUGCAGGAGCGCGAGGCGCGGCUGGCGCAGCGCGAGCAGGACGUGCGGCAGGGCCGCCAGGACCUCGACCGUGACCGCGACGAGCUGCAGUUCAAGAAGGGCGCCUACCAGUGCGACCUGGAGAGGCUGCGCGCUGCGCAGAAGCAGCUGGAGAGGGAGCAGGAGCAGCUGCGCCGGGACGCCGAGCGCCUUAGCCAGAGGCAGGCGGAGCACGACGCCUGUCAGGUGUCUCACCCUCACACCAAGCUGCUGAGGAUCCCAUCCUUCUUCCCGAAUCCUGAGGAGUCCCCCUUGCCGUCUGUACCUGCGAUAGCCAAAUCAGGGUCACUGGACUCAGAACUCUCGGUGUCCCCAAAAAGGAACAGCAUCUCUCGGACACACAAAGAUAAGGGGCCUUUUCACAUACUGAGCUCCACCAGCCAGACAAACAAAGUAGCAGAGGGUCCGAGCCAGGCCCCCGUGCCCGCCUCCGCCCGCCUGUUCGGGUUAGCCAAGCCAAAGGAGAAGAAGGAGAAGAAAAAGAAGAGUAAAGGAAGCCGCUCUCAGUCUGGUGAUGGCCCCGCAUCAGAAGUGCCCACAGAGGGUGAAGAGAUCUUCUGCUGACCCUGCCCUCUGUCCCGGCCCGUGGCUGCCAGCUCCCCACUGUCCUGCCGUUCCUGGGUGUGCUCUCCUACCGUGGACGCCCAUGCCAGGAGACCAGGGCCCUGGACCAGGAACAGAUGGUCUCGAAUGUCAGGGUGGGGUGGGAGCCCGGGGCUGGUGGCAUUGGUGGCAGCCAACGGCUCCACUGAGGAUGUUUCAGUGGUCCGGGCACUGGUUUGGGGCACGUCAGGAACUCCUAAAGGCUGAAAGAGGUUUCCAAAUAAGGUCUGAAGUUAUCCCUGCCUUUUAUUUGGGGGACACAGCAGUCCGACAAGCAGAUAGUGGGACUUUGUCCGUGUGCGUACCCGGUACCCGUCUGCA